AUGGACGAGCCUCUCUUGAAGAGCAGCGCAGCUCUGAACCAGGAGGUGCAUGAGCCGAGGACGAAAGUGCUCAGGCUGCUGCUGCGGCUUCUGUUCUUGGCUAUGGCCUUGAGCCAGCUGCUGGAGGACUUCUUCUCGGCCAUAGGCUAUCUGGGUCACUUCCAGGGCUUUCAGAAGAUGCAUGCCUUGGCAUUGAUGCUGGCCUUCAGUCCAAACACGGUGGCAGCAGUGGCUGGCACGUGGAUGAUAGAGGUGAAAAUGAGCUGGACUCAUCGACUAUUCCUUCAGCCCGACGUGCUCGGCGUCAUCUCGGAUGCCAUAGCUCUCGUGUACUGGGGUGUGCUUGGCUUCGUCUAUGUCUUCCCGCUCUUCCUCUUUGGAACGACCCACGGCGUGCUGGGAUUCUGCGUGAUGUGCUAUGCCUUCAUGUACGACCUCAUCACAUUUCCGUGGAGGCUGGUGACCGGACACAUGGCCGAGAUUUGGGUGGCAGUGCCUGUGAUCAUUGCCGGGGCUCUGCUGGCAAUGCUGUACGUGCUGGUGAUGAUGGGCUACUACUCCUUGGUGAAGUUCCGAUACCCGGACAUCGCUCAGAGUGCUCCUGAGGGAGGUGGCAAGGAGAAGAUUUUCAAGGCUUUCAAGGACCAGAUGCCGCAUCAGGUCGCUGCCAGGAUUUUCGGCGCCGCAAGAGAUGUCGGCCUCUCCAAGCUUGGAGGGUCACCGACCGGCGAGCUGGAGAUGGAUUCGGCACCCUUCACGAAGGUGGAGGAGGACUGUGAGAAGUGCAUCCUGAACAAUGAGGGCUUGAUGCUGGCAUUGGCAGGGAAGGUCUUAGGAUGUUUGAGUAUGCCAAUGGUCCAGCUUUGCGUCGUCAUCGCUUCGCAGGUUUACCUUGGCCAUGGUGCCUGGGAAGCCGCCAACACCAGCUUCCAGGAGCGGACCUGGGAUCACUACUUUGACUGGAUUAGAAAUGCGCUGCGAGCACAGCCCCUCAAUCUCAAGCUGCUUUGGAUGUACAUUUAG